AUGUCGGCAGAGACGCAGAACAAGAAAAAACCAACACCGAGACAGCGAGGUCACCCCCGAGACCCUCCAGAAGUACGGUUAUCCAAGAGUCUAUCGUGGCUACUUCGCCAUGGCGCUAAGACGGCAGGCCUCCAGAUUCGUUCAGAUGGAUACGCACGCGUUUCGGACGUGGUGAGGACGGCGAACAUUUACUUCAACGCAAACGAGUCGACCCGUUAUCAGCUCGCCAAUGUCAUGUUCAAAGAUGUCACUUUUCUACAACUCCAAGAGAUAGUGAAUCGAGAUCAGAAGAAUCGAUAUCAUCUGUUAUUUGAGCCAUGUCUAACCCCGAGCAACAACUCGAGCGACGACCUAUGGUGGAUAAGGGCCAAUCAAGGACAUUCGAUCAAGGACGUCAAACUAGACCUUCAGCCUAUCUCGUCCGCCUCUGAAAUCCCAUUGGCCGUGCAUGGAACGACUCGCAAAGCAUGGGACCUUAUCGCUACUCAAGGGCUUUCCAGAAUGAAGCGGAAUCAUGUGCACCUUGCACAAGGUGUCCCUGGCAGCGGUAUCUUGAGCGGCAUGCGCAACAGUUCCCAGGUCCUUAUAUUCAUUGACGUCCAGAAGGCCAUAGACGCGGGCAUAAGAUUCCACCUCUCCAAGAAUGGCGUCGUUCUCACGGAAGGGGACGCAAAAGGUAUCUUGGGACCGCAAUUCUUCCAACGGGUUGAGUACGCCGACCGCACACCAGUACCAGGCUGGGAGGGGAGUGGGCCUGUUAUACCGCGCGAAGUCGAAAUUACCCAAAUACGUCUUGCGGAGCAAGCCGCCGACCACACCAGUGUAGCUGAAUCAGGUCGUGACAAUAUAUCAGCGCUUUAA